AUGAGUCCUAAAGGGGGUAGCGAAAAGAUAACAUCGGCAAAUCUUGAGAUUGGUAGCACGAUUUCGCAAGCGUCAGCUAGCUUCUUAGAUCGUCAUGGUCUACCGCUUGUCCCCCAGCCUAGUUAUUUCAAAGAUGAUCCUCUUGUUGGUUUUUACAAUUUUUCCAUCACCAAUGAUAUUUCCAAGAGACAUAAUCCUAGCUUGGUUCUUUUUAGCAAAGCUAUGGGUGUGAGCUCCAAGACUGCUGCGUACAACACAACCACAUAUAUAAUCAUUGGGUGGCCUCUCUGUAAGCAGCCUUUCAUCUGGAACCCUUGUACUAAUGUUUAUGGCCGUCGACCAAUUGCUCUACUAACCACUGUCAUCGGUGGAAUCGGCUCUGCCUGCUCGCCAAACUUCGCUACACUCGAACACAUGUAA